UUGCUCCGACGUGACGGCCGACUAUAGUUCAAUUUUUUAAUAUUUAUUAAGUUUAACACAACAAUAUUAGUAUUCUUACCGCAAACUCAUUUUCUGUUUUAUUUAAAUGGAUUAGAAAGAUUUCUGUAAAUCCAACAAUAGUAGUUAAAAUGUCUGAAAUAAAUUCAAAUUCUAACCAAUCUCCGCCGACAAAUAAUAAAGAAGACAGGAGAAAAUUAAAAAUCCUCGCUUUUCAUGGAUACAGACAAAACGGCACUGUGUUUAAAUCGAAAAUUGGAUCGUUUCGUAAAGUUGUAUCGAAAUAUGCUCAAUUGGUAUUCAUUUCCGCGCCACACAAAGUUUUAGUUGAAGAAGGAGGUGGCGAUGAAGAUGCGAGAUCAUGGUGGUUCAACGCGGAAGAUAAUACAUACAGUGGUAAAUGCUUGGGAGGUCCUGCCAUUGGUUUUGAGGAUACAUUACGGUUAAUUGAAGAUGUGGUGAAGGAGUAUGGUCCUUUUGAUGGAUUCAUGGGUUUUUCACAAGGCGCAUGCCUUGUAGGGUUGUUAGCUGCUAUGCAGCAAAAGGGGUAUUUACCAUACACAUUUAAAUUUGCAAUAUUUGUAUCAGGAUUCCGAUCUGGUAGUUUAGUUCACAAGGGUUUCUAUGAUGAGGACAUAAAUUUACCAUCUUUACAUGUUUAUGGUGAAAGUGAUUCCAUUAUUCCUAAAGAAAUGAGUGAGUCCCUCAUAAAUCUAUUUGUUAAGCCUAUUAUUGCUGAACACUCUGGGGGACACUAUGUGGCAUGUUCUGGCUCUAUAAAGGAUGCAUAUUUGGAUUUCUUAUACAUGGUAGACCCUAACCAAGAUAUAGUAGAAAAGCCAGAAGAGGAGAAGAGACCCUAGAAUUAGUAGAUUGUAAAUAAAAGAGAGUGUCUGGAAUAAAGUAUAUUUAAAUAUAAA